GGAGGAAGCAUGAGAAUCCUGGGAGCGAAUCAAUGUGACAGCUUUGUAAGCAGGACAAUAGUCUCCUAACAAGUACAUACUGUCUUCAUAAAAACUUGCACCUUAUAGACCAAAUGGAGAAGAAGCAACCCAUUAUUUCUGGCAAAUUAAAAGGGCCAGGACCAGGCCACUAUGCCCUGCCGCCAACCAUCGGUUUCAUCGGCCAUGACUUCACGAAGUCGACCAGCCCUGCGUACUCCUUCCAUGGCCGAAUGAGUGACAAGAUGUACUCUGUAGAUUCCAGCCCUGGGCCGCGAUAUCAUAUCGAUGCAAAAAUCACUCGCUUUGGCAAGGACGGCACACCUGCUUAUUCAAUCCUGGGAAGGACGAAGAUUUGUGUGAAAAACUUACAGACACCAGGACCAGGUGCUUACAGUCCCGAGUCAACCCAUUUUCUGAACACCCACCAAAGACCUCCAACCUACACCAUGGGAUCUCGCACCCGCUAUCGUGCAGUGGACAACGUGCCCGCACCCAACAAGUACACUCUCCCUUCACUGAUGGGUUCUCAAGUGCCGACCAAACCUGCUAGUGCCAGCUACACCAUCUCAGGGCACUACAAAACCGGCGGUCCAUCCGAAGACCUGUCCAAGACUCCUGGCCCCGGAAGAUACAACAGCACAGACCCCAGCGUCUACUUGACCAGGCAGCCUGCUUUCUCGAUGCUGGGCCGUCACAAGUUCCGCCGCGACAUGUCCCGCAAGCCUGGCCCUGGAUCUCACAGUCCAGAGAAGGUCACAGUCCACAAACCCCGUGCACCAGCUUUCUCCCUGGGGAUCAGGCACUCUGAGUUCAUCACCCCAUUGGUGGUAGAUGUGAAAGACUGAGCAGCAUUUUUGCUGCUCAUCUUUAGUUUCCCUUCAAGCACUACAUAAUUGGUCCUCUCUAAUUAGUACUUC